GGGGCGCGGAGGGCGAGACGGAUAGUGAUCUUCAACAUCUUAAAUAAGAAGAAGGAAAAACUAGAGAUUUCCACAGAUGACAGCGGCACGGCUCUACAUGAGCGUAAACUCCAGUUGGGAGCCAGUCACCCUUCAAGCUCAGCAGCGCGCGCAACGCAGGCUCACGCCCGCAUUCACGCCGGCUCUCGUUUUACCGCGGUAAAGAAAGCAACACAUGUGAGUUUUUUUUUUUUUGUUGUUGCGCCGUGGACACGAACCAGACGAGCACGUGUGAGAAAACACAGGUACACGGAAUUUAAGCUGUUUGCGCAGAGCAAGGAAAGGAAAUUCUCCCCUUCCACCGCGUCUCUCCUCGUCCUCGGACCUCCGCUGUCUUCUGGAGACACAAGUUUCUCACGCACGAAAGGGAUGCUCCGUGUUCCCGAGCCGCACUUGCACUCAGAGGGAACCUAAACGUGGGCCGGAGGGAUUACUCUUCGUCGGACGCAAGCGCAGCAAAACGGACACGUUCAGGGACAAGAGGUUCAGCUCGUCCCAGAAAAUGAUCCCCAUCGGCGGCGUGAUACUAUGUCGGAUCCUGCCUGAUGUUUGACACAACCGAGGAGCGACUUGAGAAAUUGUAGGAGAACACUGCAAAGUCAGAGAAUUCAUUCCAAGCCUCGCUGGCACGUUUUUACUGGAGUCCGAAGAAGAGAUCGCCGCCCAGAUGCAGUUUCGACUCUUCUCAUUUGCGCUGAUCGUAUUGAACUGUAUGGAGUACAGCAACUGUCAGGCGCCUUCACACCGCUGGAAGAGAAACAAAAGAGCUAGCUAUGGCGCGUACCCCAUCUGUAAGGGCUGCUCUGUGUGCUCCAGGGACAACGGCUGCAUGAACUGUCAGCCCAAGCUCUUCCUCUUUCUGCGACGGGAAAGGAUGAGGCAGUACGGGGAGUGUCUUCACGACUGCCCGGUCGGAUACUACGGCAUGCGCGGCCCUGAACUCAACACGUGCUCCAGGUGCAGGAUAGAGAACUGCGAGUCCUGCUUCAGUAAAGACUUCUGCACCAAGUGCAAGUCUGGUUUUUACCUGCACAAAGGGCGCUGCUUCGACAAGUGCCCCGAGGGCUUCGCUCCGUUCGAGGACACUAUGGAGUGCGGAGAGGGCUGCGAGGUGGGCCAGUGGAGUGAAUGGGGAGCCUGCACCAGGAGGAACAAAACCUGUGGCUAUAAGUGGGGUUUGGAGACCCGGACGCGGCACAUUGUAAAGAAACCACCCAAGGACACGAUACCCUGUCCCACCAUCGCUGAGUCCAGGAUGUGCAAAAUGGCCAUGAGGCACUGUUCGAGAGGUGGUCCGGGAAAACACCGACCCAAAGAACCAAAGAAGAAGAACAAGCAAAGACUGCGGCUACGGGCCCAGAACCAGCACAGCGACCACUUGGCUUCGGCGCGCUCGAGCCAGUGAGGACUGAAAGCGCAGGUCGAGCGAAGAAGCGAAGAAGCGAAGCUGCUAGCCGCUGCUGCACCCAUACUCUGACUCUGAAGACGUUGACGGCACCCACCACCUCCCCACCCGAAAACCCCGGCCGACAGCUCACAGGUCCACCACCAGUAUCACCAUCACCAUUAAACACGGCGUGCCCCUGCCUCCCAAAGCUUCUGUGAGCAGCCAGGUGACUCUGAUCCCUCAGCCCCGUCCCUUUCCUUCUGGACCUUUAUACAUGACAUUAGUCACACACACACACACACACACACACACACACACACACACACACACACACACACACACACCACCCCUAACCAUCAUUCACAAUGUCAUGCACCAUCCAGGGAGAUGGAAGAUGGAAGGGCAACCAGAGACUACGGAGGCGGGACAGCUGGAUAGCGGGGUAAUGAUGGGAGGUUUAGCAAGGAGGGUUAGCAAGCUGAACAGCGAAGAGGCGGAAGACAUUUGACUGAAGCUAAACGAUGCUGAUGGACAAGAAAAAGGCAUCUUGAACUGGAAGACAGCUGUUAUUAUUUUUUUUUUUGAUCCUAUAUUUAUGUCAACGCUACGCUCACCUCCCCUCUAGAUGGAGACGCAGUGUUCCAGUGUGUGGCCUUUCUGUUAUGUACAUUUUUGAGAGUAAUAUUAAAGAAAUGACCAUUCAUAGUUGCAAAGUAUUUUAUUCUCAGCACAAACUGUUUACGUUCAGACUGCUUUAUGCUUUAACUGUAUAGUGUGGAUAAACAAAAGAAGAACUUUAGUUGUUGGACUCGCAUGGCAACAGACUCAUGUACAUAGUUUAUCUAAAUAUGAAAGCUUAUUACUGUAUUUUCAGUAUUGACUCGUUCACCGUUCUAAAUGUUUUAGAGAUAAAAAAAGGUUGUAUUACCAAGCUAAAGAUUAAAAUGAUUAAAAACAAAUAAUAAAUAGCUGCCACAUAGCUGUUUCACUUAUAUGGUAUAUAUUUGAUUUAUUUAUUAAUUCUAUUUUGUACUUUUUUGUUCCGUGAGACUUGUUUUUUUUGCCUCAUACUGUUACUCUUAUAUGCUGAAUUACUCCUUGAGUUCCUUAUAACAGUUAAUAUCUUUAACAUGUGGAAACAGUUUUGUGUGAUGUCACGCAAAGUGUUGUAUUACAUUCAUUUGACCUCAUCUACUGAUUUCACUGUUUUAAAGAAGAUGAAGAAGAAAAAAGGCAAACUAUGCUUUGACAUAUUCUAGGUUUAAUAAUUAGGAUCCAUCAAAUGUAUGGUCAUAGGACUGCAUAUGUGUACAUUGUGUUUUAUUAAAUACAUUUCAUGUGACUGUAUGAUGAAGCCUUUCAUUGUCUAUGUCUAUAAUAUAUGUGGCUAAACUCUAAAA